AAAGAGUGCUACUCUCUUCUGGUAAAACAGGUUUAUAUAGUUAACAGAACAAUGGAUUCUAUGCUGUCUUUAUCAGUGGAAGAACCUGUUAAGAAGAACUCUAUUAAGAAACUUAAAAUAAUUUGUAUUGUUCUCCUUGCUCUGUUGGUGAUUGUGUCACUUGGAUUAGGGCUGGGCCUUGGACUCAGGCAACUGGAACAGCAAGGCAGCUGCAGGAAAAAAUGCUUUGAUUCUUCAUUUAGGGGAUUGGAGGGCUGCCGGUGUGAUGUGCGAUGUCAAGACCGAGGCGACUGCUGCUGGGAUUUUGAAGAGACCUGUGUGGAAUCAACCCGAAUAUGGACAUGCAAUGAGUUUCGUUGUGGGGAGACCAGACUAGAAUCCAGCCUUUGCUCCUGUUCAGAUGACUGUUUGCAGAGGAAAGACUGCUGUACUAACUAUAAGAGUGUUUGCCAAGGAGAAAGCCCGUGGGUGAAUGAAGAGUGUGGCACAGCCCAGCAGCCUCAGUGUCCAGAGGGCUGCUUCAGCAUUCAGAAUUUUCUUUAUGAUAACAUUGGGUAUUUGUUAGAAUUUUUAAAGACUUACUCUAACCAAAUUUCUUGGAAAAAAACAUGUGGAAUUCAUUCAGAAUACCUGAGACCUGUCUAUCCAACCAAAACCUUCCCAAAUCAUUACACCAUUGUCACGGGCUUAUAUCCAGAAUCACAUGGCAUCAUUGACAAUAAUAUGUAUGAUGUAAACCUCAACAAGAGUUUUUCACUUUUUUCAGAGGAGAAAAAUAAUCCAACUUGGUGGCAUGGACAACCAGUCUGGCUGACAGCAAUGUAUCAAGGUUUAAAAUCUGGUACCUACUUUUGGCCAGGAUCAGACGUGGCUGUAAAUGGCUCCUUUCCUUCCUUAUAUAGGAUUUACAACAGUAGUGUCCCAUAUGAAGAGAGGAUCUCUACAUUGCUAAACUGGCUGGACCUGCCCAAAGCUGAAAGACCUGAUUUUUAUACCCUGUAUGUGGAACAGCCUGAUUCUGCAGGACACCAAAAAGGACCAGUCAGUGCUGCAGUAAUUCAAGCAUUACAGUUAGUAGAUGAUGCUUUCGGAAUGUUGAUGGAAGGCCUGAAACAGCGGAAUUUAGACAACUGUGUCAAUAUAAUCCUUGUGGCUGACCAUGGAAUGGAUCAGACUUACUGUGACAAAGUGGAAUAUAUGACUGAUUAUCUACCCCAAAUAAACUUCUACAUGUAUGAAGGGCCUGCCCCCCGCAUCAGGGCUGAUAAUGUACCUCAAGACUUUUAUAGCUUUAAUUCUGAAGAAAUCGUUAGAAACCUCAGUUGCCAAAAACCUGAUCAGCAUUUCAAACCCUAUUUGACUCCUGAUUUGCCAAAACGACUACACUUUGCCAAAAAUAUCAGAAUCGACAAAGUUCAUCUUUUGGUGGAUCGACAGUGGCUGGCUGUGAGGAGUAAAGAUUAUUCAUCCUGUGGAGGAGGCACCCAUGGUUACGACACUAAGUUUAAGAGCAUGGAGGCUAUCUUUUUGGCACAUGGACCCAGUUUCAAAGAGAAGACUGAAAUUGAACCAUUUGAAAAUAUUGAAAUCUAUAACCUAAUAUGUGAUCUUCUACACAUUCAACCAGCACCAAACAACGGUACCCAUGGCAGUUUAAACCAUCUUCUGAAGGUGCCUUUUUAUGAGCCAUCCCAUGCUGAGGAAGUGUCCGACUUUUCUGUUUGUGGCUUUACGGUUCCAUUGCCCACAGAUGAUCUAGGCUGUUCAUGCCCUGAGCUACAAAGGGAUGCUUCUCUAGAACGUGUGAAUCAAAUGCUGAAUCUCACCCAGGAUGAAGUAACAGCAACAGAGAAACUAAAUUUGCCCUUUGGGAGGCCCAGGGUUAUGCAGAAGAACCAGGAACACUGUCUCCUUUACCAUAGAGAAUAUGUCAGUGGAUUUGGAAAAGCUAUCAGGAUGCCCCUGUGGAGCUCAUAUACAGUCCCCAGUCUGGGAGAUACAUCACUGCUUCCUUCCACUCUCCCAGACUGUCUGCGGGCUGAUGUCAGGGUUGCUCCUUCUGAGAGCCAAAAAUGUUCCUUCUAUACAGCAGAUGAGAAUAUCUCCCAUGGCUUCCUCUAUCCUCCUGCAAACAACAGAACUUCUGAGAGUCAAUAUGAUGCUUUAAUUACAAGUAAUUUGGUUCCUAUGUAUGAAGCAUUCAAAAAAAUAUGGGAUUACGUCCACAGUGUUCUUCUUGUAAAAUAUGCCAUGGAAAGAAAUGGAGUGAAUGUGGUUAGUGGACCAGUAUUUGAUUAUAAUUAUGAUGGUCAUUUUGAUGCUCCAAAUGAAGUUACAGAAUAUGUAGUGAACACCAGUGUUCCCAUCCCAACACACUACUUUGUGGUGCUGACUAGCUGUCAAAAUCAGAGCCACACCCCUGAUGCCUGCCCAGGGUGGUUGGAUGUCCUACCCUUUAUCAUCCCUCACCGCCCCACCAACGUGGAGAGCUGCCCUGAAGAUAAACUGGAAGCCGAAUGGAUUGAAGAAAGAUUGAAAGAACACGUUGCCCGGGUCCGCGAUGUGGAACUUCUUACUGGACUUGACUUUUAUCAGGAAAAAGUACAGCCUGUCUCUGAAAUUUUGCAACUAAAGACAUAUUUACCCACAUUUGAAACCAUUAUUUAAUUUCAUCUGUAAAAGAGUUUUGGCAAAAUGUAAAUGAUUUUUUCUGUUGAAGAAUCAUAAA